AUGGAAGCAAUAAGAAAUCUUGAUCAGAAAAACUUCUUUAGUUUUACGGAAUUGCCACCCUCUCAAUGGGGUGAUUACUUCCUCCGUGUUUCGAUUACUGAUUUAGAUUUUGAUGUCCUUGAAAGAGAGAUUGAACUAUUAAAACCUAAAGUAAGAGAGAACAUAUUCAUCUUGUCAUCCAGUGACAAAGACGCAACCAAAAGGAAAAUUCUUUCAAUUCAUUUUCUGGAGAGUCUUGGUCUCUCAUAUCAUUUUGACAAGGAGAUUGAAGAUAGCCUGAAACAUGCUUUCGAGAAUAUAGAAGACUUGAUAGCUGAUGAAAAUGAUUUGUACAUAAUCUCAAUCAUGUUUCGGGUUUUCAGAACAUAUGGUCAUAAUAUGUUGUCUGAUGUUUUCAAUAGAUUCAAAGGUAGUGACGGUAAAUUCAAGGAAACUUUAAUACAAGACGUCAAGGGUAUGCUAAGCCUCUACGAGGCAGUGCACUUUGGGACAACGACAGAUCAUAUAUUUGAUGAAGCAUCUAGCUUCACAUUGAACAACUUGGAGCCACUGGCUACAGGUCGCAGAUCGUGCCCACCACAUAUAUCAAAGCUUAUUCGAAAUGCUCUUCACAUACCUCAGCACCGGAACAUCCAAGCUCUGGUUGCAAGGGAGUAUAUCUCGUUCUAUGAACACGAAGAGGACCAUGACGAUACACUGCUCAAGCUAGCCAAGCUCAAUUUCAAGUUCUUGCAGCUUCAUUACUUCCAAGAAUUAAAAACCAUCACAAUGUGGUGGAGAGAAUUAGAUCACACAUUAAACUUUCCACUUAGCUUCAGAGAAAGAACUGUAGAGGCUUGGUUUUCAGCAUUGACGAUGUACUUCGAGCCACAAUUUUCAGUUGGGAGAACUUUGUCGGCUAAGUUGUACUUAGUACUCACAUUUCUAGACGACGCUUGCGAUAUUUAUGGUUCAGUUCCUGAAGUAGAAAGCCUGGUCAAUUGUCUGGAAAGAUGGGAUCCUGAUUAUAUGGAAAAUCUUCAAGAUCACAUGAAGACUGCCUUCAAAAUUGUGAUGUAUGUUUUUAAAGAGCAUGAAGAAAUAUUGAGGUCACAAGGAAGAUUAUUUGCGUUGGAGAAAAUGAUAGAAGAGUUCAAGAUAGUUGCGAGGAAAAACCUCGAACUUCUCAAAUGGUCACGGGGAGGUCAUGAUCCUAGCUUUGAUGAGUAUAUAGAGUCUGGUGGCGCCGAGGUUGCUACAUAUGCAACUAUAGCAUCUUCAAUUUUGGGACUUGGAGAGAUUGGUAGCAAGGAAGCUUUUGAGUGGCUUAUAUCUAGACCAAAGCUCGUUCGAACUUUAGGUGCACAGACCCGUCUCUUGGAUGACAUAGCCGACUAUGAGGAUGAUAUGGAAAAAGGUUAUAUUGCAAAUGCACUCAACUAUUACAUGAAAGAACAUGGACUUACAAAAGACGAAGCCAGUAGAGAACUUGAAAAGAUGAAUGAAGAUAUGAACAAGAUUAUAAACGAGGAGUGCUUGCAACUAACCACAAUGCCACGCCGAGUUCUUAUGCAAUACGUCAAUUUUAGACGCUUAUUGGAUGUCCUCUAUACCAAUGAUGAUGUCUACAACCACCGUGAAGGAAAGCUGAAGGAAUAUAUAAGCCUUUUACUCGUAGAUCCCAUUCUUCUUUAG